AUGACAAUUUCCACCUUUGUGCAAAAUACGGUCACCGCAUUUUUCUUGCAUUUCUUUUUUCUUUUCUUUUUUGUUUGUUUUAUAGUGCUAGAAAAGAUUUUCAGCAAAUGUCAUCGAUUCGUUUCGAUUUUCCAAGAUCGAAAAAAAUCGCGACGAGAAGGAUUCUCGAAUUAUUCAACUUCUGACAUUGCAUUUUCAAAGUAUGGCGAGGAAUUAUUGAAGAAUUUGGAGCAACCCGGAACUUGUCGAGCAUUUCAAGGAGAGAACAAUUGGGAAAAUGAUGGGAGGCUGAAAUUGAGGUAAAACCCUAAAAAUUGCUUCAAAUACAUAUGUAUAAUUUCUUCCGCCGGAUCUGAAAAUUUCACUGAAAAUCUACUAUGAAAUCGCGUUUUUCACUGAAAUUUUGAGAUCCCGCGCAGGCAAAUCUAUCGGCAAUUUUUUUUCGAGCGAAGCGAGUGUAAACCGCAAGCUUCCGCGUUAGCGGCACUGUCUACCGCUUCAGCGGCCACGUGGUUUAUGAUACUGUAAGUUCGCCAUGUCAUAGCCAUGGCCGCUGACGCGGAAGCUUGCGGUUUACACUCGCUUCGCUCGAAAAAUCGAUUUUCCCAACCAUGAUUUUUUUUUGAGUUUUCACUUUUUUUUUCACGUUUCCGCGUUAGCGGCCACUUUGUUUAUUUAAUGUUUUUCUCAUCAACCCCCCCCCCCCCCCCCAACUUUUCUCUUUUUCAGAUCAAAAACCCGCCAUUUACACAUUUUUCGCCAACUUGAAGCCAGAGAAAUCGGCCAAAAUCUUCAUGGUCGUCGCAAUUUGUCAAGCACAAUUUUGAAUUCGGAAUGUCGAGAAUAUCGAUUUGAUCAAACAAUUCGAUCAGCUACAAAUCAAGAUCCAAUUCAAUGGAAAAAUGGAAAAUUGAUAUUGAAAAAAUCGCAAAAAAUCGUGGAUUAUGAAGAACCGAGCAAGAUUAUUGAUUUUUCGAUUGCUGAAGAUGAAAUUGUGAAUAUGAAUUUGAGAUAUUUCGAAAAUGAAUUUCAUGAUAUUAUUUUUGUUGAUUACGAGAUGGAAAAAUAUAUAUUUCUCUUGCGGAAAUUCACCUUCCAUGUUUUUAAUUCGAAAAAUAUGAGGAAGAAAUUCGUUUUGCCUUUUUGGUGGAUUUAUCAAUUGAAUCCAGGGUUGGGCGGUCUGUAAGUAGUGGAAUUUUGCAACAAAAAAGGCUUUCCAUGAAAUUGCGAUCGAGCGAAGCGAGUGUAUGCCGCAAGCUUCCGCGUAGCGGCAAAGUUACCCUAUCUUCCUUAGAAGUUAGCUUAACCUUGCCGCUGCGCGGAAGCUUGCGGUCUACCUGAAAAUACUUUUAAACCCGCCGAAUCUGCAAAUUUUCCAUAAAAAUUGAUUGAAAAAUCGAGGUUUUAUGGAAAAUUACCAGAUUCCGCACAGGGAAAUCUAUCGUCAAUUUUUUUUCGAGCGAAGCGAGUGUAUUCCGCAAGCUUCCGCGUCAGCGGCCACGUGGUUUAUGGUACUGUAAGUUUGCCACGUCAUAGCCAUCCACGUGGCCGCUAAAGCGGAAGAUAGUUCCGCUGACGCGGAAGCUUGCGGUUUACACUCGCUUCGCUCGAAAAAUCGAUUUUCUCAUGCCGGAUCUCAAAAUUUCAGUGAAAACCAAGAUACUUUUGAGAUUUUCACUGAAAUUUCGAGAUCCCGCACAGGGGAACCUAUCGCCAAUUUUUUUUCGAGCGGAGCGAGUGUGUUCCGCAAGCUUCCGCGUCAGCGGCUACGUGGUUUAUGAUACUGUAAGUUCGCCACGUCAUAGCAAUCCACGUGGCCGCUGACGCGCGGAAGAUUGCGGAUUUUCUCAUGCCGCAUCUGAAAAUUUCCAUGAAAUUGCGAUUUUCACUGAAAUUUUAUCGCCAAUUUUUCCAGAAAACUCGAUUGGAACACAAAAAACGAGUCACUUUUCAUCAAAAUCCGCGCAACAAAAAGCACACUUUUUCUACUCUUCGAUAUUUUUUCGCUCAAAUUCGUCACCAGUUUUGUGGUCCAACAUGAUGUGAGCUUUUUUUCUUUUUUAUUUUUUUUUAAAUCAAUAAAUAUUCUAAUUCCAGGCGCUGCUUCCAACAACGAAGAUUCGCAAAAUGACACUGAAAAAUGACAAUUUACAAAUCGUCGCCCAAAAUGGAGUUUUCAUAUAUUCGUUGUCAAAAAUCUGGGAGAAAUUCGGAAAUUUCAGGAGAAUUCCUGAAAUUUCAGACGAAUCACAACAAUUGCCGAUUGUUUUUGAGGUUUUGAAAUUGGAAGAUCGGCCAGAUCGAUUUUUCGAAGGGUCUUUUAAGGUGAGCAAGAUAGCUAUGACGUGGAAACCGCUUUUUUUCAGAGCAUCCAUAUUUCUCUAAUUCUUCCGGUCAUUUUCGGUUUUCCCGAACUCGAAAAACAUCCAAUAUCAAUUCAAAACUUCAAAAAUCCUCGAAUCCCAAUAAAUCUCGGCGAAAAAUGCAAACUUCCUCAAAAUGUUCAAGAAAUCGGAAAAUUCAGCGAAUUUCGAAUGGCGAAUAAAAAUCGGAGUUGUCUGAUAUUUGCCGAUGAUUCGACGUCGACUUUUUUGGUUUUUGAGAAAUGCGAUUUGGUCAAAUAUUAUGUGGCAAAUUGCCGGAAAUUUGAGGAGAUUUGGAGAAUUUCGAUAUUUCCGAAAGUUGAGGAUCGAAAUUUGGAGCGGAGGGUGGAAUUUGAAAGAGAGAAGUUGGUGGAUGAAAUGAGGAAUAGGGAUGGAAAUGAAAAUGGAGAAAUUGGAACGAUUCCGAAGAAGAAGAAGCGGAAAUUUAUAAAGAAGCAUUUGAGAGAUCAUAUUGUAAGGUUUUAUUUAAAAAAAAACAGUGCAAAAUUGAAUGCGUGCGGCUGUGCGUCGCGGUCGGGAAAAAUGAUUUCUGACCGCGACGCACAGCCGCACGCGAUUGAAGAAUUUGGUAUUUUUCAACUUCGACAAUAGAAGAUUUAUUUAGAGCUUAAAAAUGCACCUGGUACAAAAUUUCAAUUUUUUUCACCGAAAAUCCACGUGGAAAAAAUUACGGCACAUUUCAAAAUCGAAGCGUAAUUGCGGAAUGUCGUUGUACUUUUUUCUGAAAUCCGAGAUUCCACCGGAUUCUAAAAAGCCUAGAAAACUGGCUUUAGGAUUUUUUUCGAAAAAAAUAAACGGCGGACGUGGCCUAGGCGCCGACUCGGCCAGCUCUAUUUUUUUCGGAUUUUUUUUUCUUUUUCGAGUCACGAAAACGAAGUUUGCGAUUUUUCUGUGUUUCAAAAAUGAAAAAUUCAAUUUUUGCACAGAAAAUCCACUCAACACAUCUCUCAAACGACGGCCAAAAUCUAAUCGUGAAUCUAUCAAUAUCUUCUCACAAUCAACUUCAAUCAAAUGGAUAUUUCAAGCAAAAACAGGAAGAAAAUCGAGAUCUUCUUCAAUUUGUUUAUAUAAUUGAUGAUAAAAAUGGAGAAAUUUUAAGAAUUAUUCCAAUUUGUAUGAGGAAUAUAGAUCUAUAUGCAGAAUUGAUAAUAUAUCCGGAAUAUUGUUAUUUUUCGAUAGAUCAGGAUGGUAUUUUGGUGAUUUCAAGAGGAAAUUUGGCAAUUUUGGAAAUUUGGGAAAUUAUUGAAUCACAGCAGUUUAUUGAUGUAUAA